UUUCCAUCGUCGGCAGCAGCACAAUGAUCUCGUUCGUCGCCCGGCAGUACAACUGGUACAAGCUCGAGUUUGGCCUGACGCUCCUCUCGCAGUGGGAAGUCCUCGUCUUCAACUCGGUGGUCCUUCUCGUGCUCAGCGCGCUUGUCUACUACAGCGCGCAGGCCGUCGGCGCCAUUCUGUAAUCCCUCAUUUAAUACGACACACAGUGCUAUGCAUAAACGGUGGACAGGUCGCAGAGAUCGCGGCCAAGGACAAUGGCAAUCUUCGCACGCGUUAUCGCCCAACGUAGCCGACGCUCGACACGACGACAACGUCGCCAUCCUUGUC